GUGUAUACGCUUAUUGCUUGUGUCAUUGCAUUUGAACGCCAGAACGCCAGUGACGAUUCUCCUCCUCGACACCCCAUCUCUUGCUUCCAUUCAAAAACAGAGAUUUUAAAGAAAUCCUCCUUUCCUACCUUCAAGAAAUCCCAUCCUCUCCUUAUGCAAUUGGAACUCUGGUGUUGAUUGGAUAAGUAAUUUCCAUCCUUGGAUUCUCCUUUUAUUUCUUCCUUUCGGUUUUGAUUUUCAAGACUUGUAGUGAAGAGAAGAUUUGGAAACAGGUUGCUGGGUGUUGAUUUGUUCUUCAAAUCCGUUUGUUGCAUUUAUUUGAGGAUGGGUGAUCAUUUCGUGUUGUUGGUGGACCGGUUGAUCACUGAAUCUACAAUAGAUGCUGCAAUUGAGAGCAGAAAUCAGUCUCAAAUCGGGCAAACUUCAGCCUUGGUAGUUGAAGCCAAGGCCGAAUUUUCUUCACCAAAGCAGCAUUUUGGCAACGGGUCUUCACCGCAGAAAUUGGCGGAGUGUCGAAUUUGCCAAGACGAGGAUGAUGAUUCCAACAUGGAGACACCUUGUUCUUGCUGUGGCAGCUUGAAGUAUGCCCACCGAAAAUGUGUGCAGCGGUGGUGUAAUGAGAAGGGCGAUACCAUGUGUGAGAUAUGCCACCAGCAAUUCAAGCCAGGUUAUACUGCACCGCCUCGAUUAUUUCAAUAUGGGAGUAUUCCUUUGAAUUUCAGGAGAAACUGGGAGAUUUCCCGAAGAGACCUUCACAAUCCUCAGUUUAUAGCAGUGGUUGCGACAGACCGUGAUUUCAUGGAUGCCAAUUACGAUGAGUAUUCAUCUCAGACUGCAAGAAGUAUGAUCUGCUGCCGUUCUGUUGCUGUGAUUUUCUUGAUUCUUUUGGUCCUACGACACGUGCUUCCAAUCACGGUCAGCGGAGCCAAAGAGUAUUCAUUCACCAUAUUCAUUCUGCUGUUGUUGAGGACCGUUGGAAUUCUUGUUCCACUUUAUAUAAUGACAAGAGCACUGACUGCAAUUCAUCGCAGGCGCCAGCAACAGGAAUCCGAUGAAUCUUCCCUCACCACAGCUGAAGAAAAUGGACGGCCACAACGGCAGCUACAGCCUCAGCCACAUCUCAUACACGUGCAUUAAGCAGCUCCUGCUAUUAAGAAACACAAACCACAACUGUGUGACCCGCCACCCGCCCACCUGGGCAGAGGUGAGAAGUUCCAUCCAGGCCAUUAUCCUAUAUCCCAACUAACAGAAGUUGGAUGGAUUGAAUUGAAUAGGACUCCCAAGGCAUCAUUUGAAUUCAAGGCGCCAUCAUAUACAGCGAAGGGCCCUUGAUGGGUGGUUAUUAUGUUGUACAUGAUU